AUGUCACAUCUUAGCGACUGUGAGAACUUCCAGUGUGGUCAGGGAUAUGUGAAAUGUUAUAACUCGUACUGUAUCCCUCAUUAUUAUCUUCGAGAUGGAAGAGCUGACUGUCCUACAGGAGAAGACGAACAACUGCUCUACACUGGUCCAUGUACUGGAUAUUUUGCUUGCUGGGACAGCAACAUCUGUCUUCAUCCUGACCUAGUUUGUGAUGGACACACGGAUUGUCCACAUAGUGAUGAUGAACUUGAUUGCGAUGUAUUUUGUCCCGAAGGUUUCCGAUGUUUUGCAGGAACAGUGAUAUUUUCAGCUGACCGCCGAUCGGUUUAUCAAGAUAUAAUCAAUCUGUCUUAUAUAGAUAAACAGACAAGAUACCUGGACCUAUCGGGGGUAGAAAUUCGGAACUUUGGUACUCUUGUGUUGACCAUCGCAGAUGUAUUUCUCAACUUGAAAGUUCUAAUUUUGUCCAACUGCACACUCAGUGAGUUAUCUGUACUAUUUGGUAAUAAGGCGUUUGUGAUUGAGAAAUUAGACAUUAGCUACAAUAGGUUUAAAAUAUUUUCUACAAGCACCUACAACUUUCAGUAUCAAUAUCUGCGUUAUCUGAAUAUGUCUUACAAUCAGUUGUUGAAAUCAGUAACAGACAUAGAGUUCAGUUUUCUGAAAGUACUUGAUCUUUCUUAUACAAGUUUGACCUACCUAAUCGACUCAGUAUUUGCAAAACUGCCCAGAUUACAAUACCUCAACUUAAGCCACACAUUGAUUUCAGACUUUACGAGACAAUAUUUCAGCCCAACGCUGAAACUGCAGACAUUAGAUUUACGAGGUAUUCCUGCACAAGAUAUCGACGACUAUUUAUUUUAUAAUCUCACAAUUAGCCAGGCGUUGUAUUCUGAUCUUUUCCAGAUUUGCUGUCCUCAGAUUCAUGGAUUAAUAAUUUCACCACGAGCAUGCGUGGCUCCUGUAGAUACAGACGCCAUUUCCUCCUGUGCUAACCUGUUAGGAAUUGAUAUUCAGAGAUUUCUUCUCUGGAUUGUUGCAAUUUUCGCAGUUCUGGGAAACGUGACGGUCAUUGUUUAUCGUGUGAUCUGGGAUAGAUCAGUUCUCCAGACAGGAUACGGUCUGUUUGUGACAAACUUAGGUAUAUCUGACUUUAUUAUGGGUGUCUAUCUGUUGUUAAUUGCUGGGGGUGAUUCUUUCUACCGUGACAGCUAUGUUCUCUAUGACAAAAGCUGGAGGGACAGCGUUGUAUGCAAGCUGGCUAGUUUUAUGGCCUGUCUGUCGUGUGAAGCCUCAACGUUCUUUAUUUUCCUGAUCACCCUCGACAGAUUUUUGGUGAUGAAGUUUCCAUUCGGUCAAGUAAAGUUUAAGUGGUCUCAGAAAACUAUCGCAGUUGUGAUGUCUUGGGUGGCCAGUUUUCUACUUUCACUUGUCCCUAUUGUUUUCAAAUUUGACAUCUAUUCUUCGAACGCAAUGUGUCUUGGCCUGCCCCUAACAAAUACCUACGCUAGAGGUUGGGAGUAUUCAGUCGCAGUUUUUAUUGUUUUUAACCUAAUUAUAUUUGUCUUCGUUGCGUGUGGUCAAUAUGCGAUCUUCCGAGCCAUGUCAAAGAACAGAAUAUCUAAGACAGCAACUAACAGGCCUUCUUCACGACGAGCUGAAGAUAUAACUGUAGCCAAACAACUGUCUCUUGUAGUUCUGUCUAAUUUUCUCUUCUGGUUUCCUGUGGGAAUCAUGGGACUGAUGUCUCUUGGAGGUCAUGAGGUCAGCAGUCAGGUUUAUGCAUGGACAACAGUUCUGCUUCUGCCCAUCAACUCUGCCGCUAAUCCUGUUCUGUACACUAUUCCUGCCCUACUGGAGAGGUGGCAGCAGUUCAAACGUGGAGGUUAA